GUUGGGAUAUAUUAUCCCGACCUAUUACUGUUCAGGAGCCCAAGACAUUAUCCAGUACGGAGCCCGAGCAGCGAGGCCCAUUUCGGCCCAUUAGGCCCAAUAUUGGCCCGUUUGGCCCAUUAGGGUGGAGAGCACCCUUUCCCCCUUUGUCUAUAAAUAGGGAGCUUAGCCUCCAUGUAAAUGAUCCUCUUUUAGCUUCAUCUUCCUCCUUCUUUUAGACUUAGCUCAAUACUCCAUUAAUGGGAGCUUGUACAAUGUAAUAGUGAGGAGAGUCCUAAUGAGAAAGAGAGGGCUUGGACAUUAGCCUAAAAAGUCCCGUAGUUUUCUCCUUUUUGGGUUUCCACGUAAAAACCGAGUGUUCAUACAUAUAUUUAUUAUAUCGUGUUGGAUUAAACUCAACACUGGUGCCGUCUGUGGGAAUUUGUCCAAAAAGAUUCAUUUAUUCUACUGUUAUGAGUUUCUACAACAAAAUUCAUACGAAGGACGAACUUCAACAAAGAAAUGAGGAAGAAGAUUCUGGGAACAAGGAAGAAGAAAUUCUAGAGAAAGAAAAAUGAUUUCAGCAAAAAGAAAGGAAAAAUUCUGGAGCUUUGGCCUUGGGAAGCUCCGGAUCUGAGGCAAGAAUGUGGCUGCCAGCAGCACCUGCUCAAUUGACCGAGCAAGAAGAAAGGAAGAGGAGAGGAGAAGCUAUGGAUUCUGAGAAGUCCAAAUCUGGAUUUUCUCAGGUCUGGGUUGGAGUUACCGGAGCCGCCGUCACCAUCCCCGACCGCCGUGGACCCUCCACUGUGUUCACCUGCAGCCAACGAAGCCUCUGCAGCACUCCAGAUCUCGCAGCACCUGCAACACAGUUGCUCACCGACUGCAGGCCACUCCAUCACCUGCUCUGAGGCCGUGAGAGCCUCCACCACCCUGCCGACGUGACUCGGGGUACCUCCCGGCUGGGAGUUCUGGGAUUCCGGCCAUUAACAGUGGUGUAUAGCUCACGGAAGGUACUAGAGACUAGCCGCCCGGGCUGUCCUUGCUCUGCCGCGACCACCAUCUCUACCGGCAGGAAGUGGUCGGCAAGUACGAAUUGCGUCCGGAUUGGUAGGAGGGUGCUCCACCUGCCUUGUCUAAAUGAUAUGCUCCGUAUACAAUGCCUUGGUCUAAGGCAGACCACGUCCGCAAGUCUAGGGCCAAGCAAUGGGGGGCCAACUUUAUGGGAGGAGCUUUGACCAAGUCAAGAUGGGGGGAAAUACUCAAGUAGCUCAUUUUUCACUACUACAUGGCAUCACAUGGCCGAACCUCCAUAAAGCUAAGUACCCAUCCAUUAAGUUGGUACAUUAUUUAUUGAUGGUAUAGAGUAAUUUUCUUGCUCCUAGUAUUUUUAUCACCAUUAUUUAUUAGGGAUUUAAAUUCCCGAAAUUAAAUAAUGAGAGCGAUGCUCUACGUGAUAAUUAGUUUCACCGUCAUUUAAAUUUAAUGACUGGUUGUUGUGAGCCUGUGGGCCCACUCCUGAUCGGCUUUAAUUAGCGGGCGGAGCAUACCGGAAUGGCCUUUGAUAGGAUAACAUCAUUGCUAUUGCCUGUUAUAUUUCUAUUAUUUAUUAGGGGUAAAAUGUCCCGAAUUAAAUUAUGUGGAGCGAAGCUCUGGUGAUGGUUGGUUCAGCCAACAUUUUAUUGAAUAUUUAAGGGAAAACUGUCAAAUAGAUCCUCGAACUUUCAUAAAAAAGUCAAUUAAGUCCUUCUACAGGAGACUCUGUCUAGUCGUCGCGAUUUGGGGCGCUUCUCGGUGGAAUUUUUUGAUGAAAUUUUUUGAGCAUCUUAUUCACCUAGUCUAGUUUACUCAUACCAAAUUUCAGCUAAAAAUUUAAUCGGGAGCGCAUUCAAAUUAAUUCGAGAACGCAAAAAUGCGCAGUUAUCUUCAAGAAUUAAUUUGAAUGUGUUCCCGAUUGAAUUUUUAGCUGAAAUUUGGUAUGAGUAAACUAGACUUGGUGAAUAAGAUGCUAAAAAAAUUUCAUCAAAAAACCCCAUCGGGAACUGCCCCAAAUCGCGAUGGCCGGGCAGAACCUCCUAUAGAAGGACUUAAUUGACCUUUUUAUGAAAGUUUGAGGAUCUAUUUGACAGUUUUCCCAAUAUUUAAUUUCUUGUGGGCCUGUUGGCCCACUCUCGAUCAGCUUGAUUAAGCGAUCUGAGCGUCUCAAAAGGGUAGUGCCCCGAUGACGCAUUUUAAUUUGGGGGUUACACAUUAGUCUGCGCGGCACAAAGUGCUCGUGCGACGAUCGUACCCUAGUACCAUCCACGCCAUGACGGGCGAAGUAAUUGUUUCCAACGUGGCCUAUGGGCCCGAGGGCACCAAAGCACUCAACCUCGUUUUUCCGAGGGCAGUGCGACCAACUUGGGUCUGAGUUUGAAAACUCACAGACCGAUGAAUAUCUCUAUGUGACGUUCGGCGAGCUGCCAAUCGGCCCCGCCGCGAGCCGCUACGUCCAUUAACCCCGCACGAUGAGCCGGGCCAGGGGUCACGACGACCCAUAGGCCGGUAAUCGUGGAUGUUAAGGAGGAAGCCAUGCAGAUGGUUAUGUGUGCAUAUUUAUUGUCGGGCCGUGCGACCCAUUACCAUGCUUAUUGCGCAGCUGAACCCGCUCGACGCGCUCGAGCGAAGUGAUUAAAAGACGCUCGGCCUAAGUCUCAAAGACGUUCAGGGCCAGCUAAAGUGGAGACCAUCACGGCUGAAGCCGAUGGACGAGCAUCUCCACCCAGAGGUCGAGGACCUAGAGGAGACCACCACAGUCGAGAACCGUGGGACGGGCAUCUCCACCCCAGAGACCGAUGGCCUAGGAAGAACACCUAGAGGCCGAGGGUCUAGAGGCGAAUGCCAUGACAGAGAACCGUGAGACGAUCAUCCAUCAUUCAGAGGCCGAAGGCCUAGAGGAGACCGUCACGGCCGAGGGCCAAUUGACGCCAUCAUAUCACGACCGGCCUCUCGGCACGGUGUGAUUAUCAUAUUUGAAGACCGGCUUUGUCCCCGCGCUGCGUGGAUGAGAGCCGUUACUCGGGUAUAUCGGCCUGAUCGGACACUAUCGUCAUCUCCUUAUCAGGACCGACUGCUCAGCGACAUUAUGAUCAUUGUUUGUCGGCUCCCAAUGCCGACCCUCUUGAGUUUGCGAUCGGGCUCACGACUCCCCUCCAGGAGGGUGACCAUCGCCUUCGCAUGACGACCAGCUAUUCUAUCGCCUCGUCAUUAUAUUCGUUCGCUAUGCCACCACCAUUAUGUGUGACAUCCCGUGAUCCCUUCGAGUUUCUUGGAUACCGAAUGUCUUCUUCGAUGUAGGAAGAUUGGUAGGACCACAGACCAGGGACGGACAAAGAAGAGCUAGGGAAUCUCGAUGUAGAUAAACCUGUUCCUCCUUGCGAGUUUCGCGGAUACCGAACGUCUCUUCGAAGCAAGAGCGCCGGUAGGACCAAGAACCAAGGACGAACGAAGAAUAUAAAUUGCCUCCCUCAAAAAAAAAAGAUGGGGAGAAGAGGAGGUGAGCUCCUAUGUGGAAGGGAAUCUUGCCCGGGCGUGCCAGAUCUUCUCCCACCGCCGAAGGCGAACGCCUCUCGAUGUAGAGGUUAGUAGAGACGCGGAGGGGGCUAGACGAACCAAGGGAGCUUUGCCAAGAUAAACCUGUUUAUCCCACAACGACCAUGGAUCGAUGGGCGUGGGAUAACAAAGCCGGGAACCCGUGAGGGUAAACCAGUUCGUCCCUGCGAGUUCCUUGGGUACCGAACGUCUUCUUCGAAGCAAGAGACGCCGGUAAGACUAAAAGGACCACGGACGAACAAAAAAAGGGGGAAUCUCGAUGUAGAUGAACCUGUUCCUCCUUGCGAGUUUCGAGGAUACCGGACGUCUCUUCGAAGUAAGGACGCCGGUAGGACCAAGAACCAAGGACGAACGAAGACUAAAAGACUCCAAAAAAAAAAAAAGAUGCCAGAAGAGCACGGAGCAAAGAAUGAUUUUAUCCCUCGGCGCUAUUGGCCGGGAAGUACAAACUGGAAAACAUAUGUAAAGAAUAAUUACAAAACUUAAGUACGAAGAAUGAAGUGGCCGACGACGAUCAGCUAACAUCAGACUUUCUUUUUCCUUGGACAAACAAUACUGGCUCCCCAGUUCAGACAGAGGGACGACGCCCAGGUCCACCCUUCCUCCCAGGAUGAAGUCCUGGCAGACGAUCGGCUUCUCAUAGCCAGCCAAGACGGACCGCACCUGGCUUCACGGUUCGGCUCGCCCAUUCCCUCAGGGAUGGCGACGACCGUCUUAUGCAGCACGAUCGGCUUCUCAGCGCCAUCGUGUCUCUUUCACGUUCGGAUUGCCCCAUUCCCUCCAGGAUGGCGACGAACGUCUUAUGCAGUGCGAUCGGCCCCUCAGCGCCAUCGUACCUGGCUUCACGGUUCGGCUCGCCCAUUCCCUCCAGGAUGGCAACGACCGUCUUAUGCAGCACGAUCGGCUUCUCAGCGCCAUCGUGUCUCUUUCACGUUCGGAUCGCCCCAUUCCCUCCAGGAUGGCGACGAACGUCUUAUGCAGUGCGAUCGGCCCCUCAGUGCCAUCGUACCUGGCUUCACGGUUCGGCUCGCCCAUUCCCUUCAGGAUGGCGACGACCGUCCUAUGCAGCACGAUCGGCUUCUCAGCGCCAUCGUGUCUCUUUCACGUUCGGAUUGCCCCAUUCCCUCCAGGAUGGCGACGAACGUCUUAUGCAGUGCGAUCGGCCCCUCAGCGCCAUCGUACCUGGCUUCACGGUUCGGCUCGCCCAUUCCCUCCAGGAUGGCAACGACCGUCUUAUGCAGCACGAUCGGCUUCUCAGCGCCAUCGUGUCUCUUUCACGUUCGGAUCGCCCCAUUCCCUCCAGGAUGGCGACGAACGUCUUAUGCAGUGCGAUCGGCCCCUCAGCGCCAUCGUACCUGGCUUCACGGUUCGGCUCGCCCAUUCCCUUCAGGAUGGCGACGACCGUCCUAUGCAGCACGAUCGGCUUCUCAGCGCCAUCGUGUCUCUUUCACGUUCGGAUCGCCCCAUUCCCUCCAGGAUGGCGACGAACGUCUUAUGCAGUGCGAUCGGCCCCUCAGCGCCAUCGUACCUGGCUUCACGGUUCGGCUCGCCCAUUCCCUCCAGGAUGGCGACGACCGUAUUAUGCAGCACGAUCGGCUUCUCAGCGCCAUCGUGUCUGGCUCACGUUAGGGUCGCCCAUCCCUUUCAGGAUGGCGACGAACGUCUCUUAUGCAGCACGAUUAGCGCUCCAGUGCCAUCGUGUCUGGCUCACGUUAGGGUCGCCCAUCCCCUUCAGGAUGGCGACGAACGUCUCUUAUGCAGCACGAUUAGCGCCCCAGCGCCAUCGUGUCUGGCUCACGUUAGGGUCGCCCAUCCCUUUCAGGAUGGCGACGAACGUCUCUUAUGCAGCACGAUUAGCGCCCCAGCGCCAUCGUGUCUGGCUCACGUUAGGGUCGCCCAUCCCUUUCAGGAUGGCGACGAACGUCUCUUAUGCAGCACGAUCAGCGCCCCAGCGCCAUCGUGUCUGGCUCAUGUUAGGGUCGCCCAUCCCUUUCAGGAUGGCGACGAACGUCUCUUAUGCAGCACGAUUAGCGCCCCAGCGCCAUCGUGUCUGGCUCACGUUAGGGUCGCCCAUCCCUUUCAGGAUGGCGACGAACGUCUCUUAUGCAGCACGAUUAGCGCUCCAGUGCCAUCGUGUCUGGCUCACGUUAGGGUCGCCCAUCCCUUCCAGGAUGGCGACGGACGUCUCUUAUGCAGCACGAUCAGCGCCCCAGCGCCAUCGUGUCUGACUCACGUUAGGGUCGCCCAUCCCUUCCAGGAUGGCGACGAACGUCUCUUAUGCAGCACGAUCAGCGCCCCAGCGCCAUCGCAUCUGGUUCACGUUAGGGUCGCCCAUCCCUUCCAGGAUGGCGACGAACGUCUCUUAUGCAGCACGAUUAGCGCCCCAGCGCCAUCGUGUCUGGCUCACGUUAGGGUCGCCCAUCCCUUUCAGGAGGGCGACGAACGUCUCUUAUGCAGCACGUCUGCCCCUCGGCGCUGACAUGCCCGGUUUAUCGUUGAGAGCUACCGUUCCUAUCACAUCUUGCAUUCCCUCUCUCAUACAUUGCACCCAUACAUUACAUGCAUUCAUGCAUCAUACCUCAUACAUUCAUACAUACACACGUGCAUCAUGUUUUGACAAUACCGCGACGUCGGUUUAUAGAUGCAUGGACCUCUAAGCUUCUCCAUUGGACAGCUCGAGUCAGAGUCCUUUACUCUCGCCUGAUGCAUUCAGGGGGAGCGUGCCCGUGGAGGAGCACCCUUCGCCCGACCCCGGCGGGAACGGAGGUGCCUCACCGGCAGCUUACGUUCAGGAGUGUGGACAUCCACUCAUAUAUUAUGAUUAUUCGAAGACACAGGUUCCAGCUAGACCGAGGUAAAGCGCAGGCAAGAGUAUAUUUUCUCGAGCAGAUUCGCACGCUCACUACUCAAGAAACUGGGGGACUUGUGUUGGGAUAUAUUAUCCCGACCUAUUACUGUUCAGGAGCCCAAGACAUUAUCCAGUACGGAGCCCGAGCAGCGAGGCCCAUUUCGGCCCAUUAGGCCCAAUAUUGGCCCGUUUGGCCCAUUAGGGUGGAGAGCACCCUUUCCCCCUUUGUCUAUAAAUAGGGAGCUUAGCCUCCAUGUAAAUGAUCCUCUUUUAGCUUCAUCUUCCUCCUUCUUUUAGACUUAGCUCAAUACUCCAUUAAUGGGAGCUUGUACAAUGUAAUAGUGACGAGAGUCCUAAUGAGAAAGAGAGGGCUUGGACAUUAGCCUAAAAAGUCCCGUGGUUUUCUCCCUUUCGGGUUUCCACGUAAAAACUGAGUGUUCAUACAUAUAUUUAUUAUAUCGUGUUGGAUUAAACUCAACAAUAUCCAUUGCCCGUUUUGAUUAAUUCAAUCACCCCUACCUAUCAACAUUAAUAAUCCACUUUUAGGCACCUAAAGCCUAAACCCCUCCUCCCCUACCCCUUUAGAUCAGAUCAACUUAUUUUACCCUUUCCGCCCUCUAAUCAUUAAUUUAGUGUGCAAAUAUUCUAAAUCUUUUAUAUUGUCUCUAGGAUUGAGCAUCAACCGUUGCUUUAAAUCUUCUGGGUUAAUUAUUGGUUUAUAAUUAAGCUUAUGCUAUGAGUUGUUCCUCUUAAAGUUUGUUUGUUAUGUUUCGGAAGGAGUACAAGUGUGGUCUUACUUACGUACAUAAACGACCAUGCUUUUCAGGGAAAUCAUAAAUGAUCAUUCUUCAUUUCCAUAGCAGAAAGGUGAAAAUCAUCAUCUAUUUAUACUAAUGUCUUUAUAAGGUUAUGUACAAAGUAUGGCGGAUUAGCGUCCACUAUUUUUUAUAACUCAUGUUUAGUAAUGUCUUUCUUACAUCUUUUAGAUUGGAAUUCUCAAUAUGAGCGAAAGAUAGCUUGAACAUCUUAUUUAUAGAAAGGGGUAUUUGCCCUCAUUCAAUGGAUACUCUAAGUAUUACAGGCAUAGUAUAUAUCUUUGGUGUACAGAGCAUGAAUUGUAAAAUUGAACUUCAUACCUAUUUUAGUCCCCAAGAAUGAUUCCUAAAGUUGUUUUUGUGGUAUCUCUGUAUAGAUUAGUUGAGGGAUUAGUUUUACCUUUCUUAUGGUGAUAUCUGGAUUAGUUCUACCUUUUAUGCUGAUAAUUUUUACAUUAAUUUUUAAUGGGAUCGUGUUCAAAGUGUAACAUCUCAUUAAAUCCAUUCAUUUUAAAGGUUUCUUUACAAAUCAUUUUGGUCUUAAACAUAUUGCAACUUAACAUGAACAAUAGAAAAGUUUGUGUCAUUUGGAAAUAGUCGGUAACAAGUUUGUUUACUUUUUUUUGUUUGGAGUUGUUCUGUGAAGCACAUUCGUUGCUAUUAUAAGAUGUACAUGCCAGAUGAGGGUCAUUUUCUGUAUUAAAGUGCCAUGGCAUUGCCCUUCAUUUUAAUCUGGUAAAAUAUCAUAUUAUCGGUUCAUUCAUAACCACUAAAUGGAAGAAUGAGAUGUUUCAAAUAUGAUGUUGAAGUUUAGAGCUGGUGUGAGCUUAUUUUUGCACACCACAAGCAUAAAUGUUGAUUAGAUAAAGUCACAGCAUCAACAAGGGGAGAAGUAGCUGAACUGGAAGAAAAAUGUAUGUGAGUUCAAGGCUUCAAGCAAAUAAACAUUGAUGCAAUGCGAACAUGGAUAUAAAGUAACCCCAACCAAGAGAAAUAAGUUGUUAGGGGUUGGAUGUUUGAACACAAUGGUAUUGUAAAAAGUGGCAGCGAUUGGGCGAGCUGGACGGACAUGUGGAAAUGGAAACUACCCCCCAAAAUGAAUAUGCUUUUCUGGCAAAUUUGCACCGGAUGCCUUCUAAUGACUGCGUCUUUGCGGCAGAUAAAAGUUCAUUGUGCAGAGAAGUGCAGUUUAUGCGGGGCGCAGGAGGAAUUUUUUCUCCAUUUCUUUGUUCAAGGCCCGGUGGCAAUUCAAGCGUGGUUUUCUAUAGGUUGGCAGCAGUUAGGCCAGGCAGAAGCAGUUUUUUGGAUUGGCUGCAACGGUUUUUUUUUUUUUUUUUUUUUACUAUAAAGGGUAUCGUUUGAGCCAGCUCAAUUCAUGUAUGUAAUGCGAAAGCUUUUGCGGCCAGCUGGGUUCAUGCUAAAUUUCAGAAUGUUAGCACUGUGACUCAAAUGCAGGUGGGAGUCUCGCGCUGGACCAGCGCUGGAGGCACCGACCAGAGGGUGGAAGAAGGUGAACGUGGAUGUUUCUACUGGUGGCAACCGUUAUGGACUAGGCUGGAUUCUUAGAGAUGAUGCGGUAGAGUUUCUGGCAGGGAGAGCAAGGUCUUGGGAUGGCAAGUGUGAUCUUACAGAGGCUGAACUUCUAGGCAUCUGUGAAGCUUUGAGUUGGUUGAAAAAUAAUAAUUGCAAUUUCAUUGAGGUUCAAUUAGACUCUUUAUUAGGUAUUUCGGAGAUUUUAAAUGGAUCAAGUCUAUCUUUGAAAGGCAUCAUCGCUGAGGACAUUAGGAAAGUUAGCUUGGUUUUUUCUAACAUUGUUUUGAAUUGGGUUAGGCGGCCAGCGAAAAUAGUUGUGCAUGUGUUAGCAAAAGUGGCUGCUUCUAUGUCAUAGCUGUGUUUGGUUAUCUUCUCCCCAAGCUGUAUUGUGAAUGAUUUGUGCUUCAAUCUGAUUAAUGAUAAUUAAGUAGUCUUCUUAAAAAAAAACAAUGGCUAAACUUAAAUGUUUCUAUAUGCUUAAGAAAAUAUUGUAUUGUAUUGUGAUAAUGAUUCAUAAUCACUUCUCUUUAUUACAUGCUUCCGUGUUGGAUUAACAAAUUAAACAACAUGAUAUGCUCCUUUAAAUUAUGUCCAUUAAAAGUGUGAAAUUUUGAUUUCAUGCAUCACAUAAUAAUAAUAGUAGUAAUAAUAAUAAUACUAAUAAUACUAAUAAUAAUAAUGAUAAUAAUAAUGAUGAUAAUAAUAAUAAUAAUAAUAAUAAUAAUAAUAAUAUCAGUAACCAAAUUGUAUUGUAUUAUUCUUGGAUUUAUUAUCUCAAGCUAAUUUGACAAAAUUUAAUAACUUAUUAGAUAAUCUAAGAGUCUGAGAGCCCGUUUGAUGACUCUGAUUUUUGGCUUAUCAGGUUUAUCAGUCCGUUUUUCACUACACAUUUUUUUUAUUUCACGCGUUGAAUUGUGUAAUAAUAAGAAAAAGUAAGUUUGAAAUUAUAUAUUGGCCAAACUUACUCUAAAAAAAUCAUUUUAGCUAUUUUUCUACUCCCCGUGUCCUUUAAAACUUUGUUUUAAGGGAACCAAUAAAGUAAAAACUGUGUAGUUGAAGUUUAUGCGGAUAGGAGAGAAUUAACUGAAACCACAAAUUGUUUAUUUAAAAAGAAAGUAGCAAAGUUAAUGAGACAAAAAAUGGAAAGAUGAUAAAGUUUUAAGGGACAUAAGGAGUAUAGUUUUUUGUUUAUUUUAAUAAAAAAGAGAUUUUUUUUAAAUAAUACUAACUAUCUUUCAUGAAUCAAGACUAAUACAUAUUUUAGAAAUAACUUUUAAUAAUAUCAACUAUCUGAAGGUAAGCCACAAAUAAAAUAGUCAUUGUUCUACAAGAAACUCAACCAUUUAAGACAUCACAAAAUUAUAUCAAAUCAUCAAAUAAUUGAUAUUGGGAAAUAUAGUCACUUAUUUGAUAUUUUGGUAUUGGUCUUUGAUGAGUUAAAUGAAUGCUUUUUAGUGAAAAUUUGCCACAUAUCACUUUUGAUAUAUAUUCAAAUAGUUGGUAUUGUUAAAAGUUGUUUCUAAACUUCGUAUUAUUUUUGGUUCAUGGAAGAUUGUUGGUAUUGAUUGAAGUUAUAUUCCCAUAAUACAAUAUACUAUCAGUAUUUUAAAUUUAAUUUUUUCAUAAAUCAACAGAAUCAACCAAUACAGCUACUUCAACUAAAACUUCAUACAUUUCAGCAGAAUUAGUCAAAAAAGUCGAUUUGGAUUUUACCACAUAGGCUUUGAAUUUUUGUAAUAAUUUUAUUAUCCCGUGCAACGCACGGGUUAAAAACUAGUAAUACCUAGAACCAAUUGUAGAGGAGAGAAAUGCUUCUUCUCCAACACUUCAAGAGAAUGCAAAAAUAAAAUAUAAAAACUGAAAUUUAAGCUUCAAGGGUGGCAUGAUUCUUGUUUGAUGAAUUGAGAGCUUUACAUAGGCUAAAUAUUGACAUCUUUUAGUCUAUUUGAGCCCAACAAUCAGGCAUGGAAGAUAUAUUUGAUCAGAUCAUGAGGAAGGUGAGGUUUUUCCAUCAAAAUAUUGUUGCACGUCUUUGUGUUUUGUACAGAUUCGGGCGUAACCGGCGCCAGUUUUAGGCCUGACCGACGCCGGUUUUACUUCGGCGCAGGAAGAAUGUAGAAAAACAGCAUAACCAGCGCCGGUUAUAGGAGUGGACCGGUGCCGGUUUUCUCUCGGCGAACCGGGAAAUUCCCAAAUUAAAUACAACCGGCGCCGGUUUUAAGGGUGGACCGGCGCCGAUUUUCCCCUGCAAUGCAAUACUUCAUUUUUCGCUCUGUUUUACGCCCGCAGUUGACCCCGAAGUGUCGGUUCUUGGCCCCUUUUGACUGUUGACUCCUGUUUCUUCAUCUUUCACGCCUUUGUGCAGUUUUGCUUAAAUUGGGAUUUUUUAUCUGUUUCGUCUUUGAAUAUUUGUACAUAUAAUCAUAAUGACCUAUAUAAAAUAUAGGUAACUAUUGUGAUUAUCACUGUCUAAUCAUAAAGAUCUUGGGAAAACUCGAUUUUGUCUAGGCCUUGAGCUAGAACAUCGAGUGUGUGGAGUAUUAAUCCACCAGUAUGUGUAUAUCCAAAAGAUGAUCAUGCAAUUUAAUAUGGAUAAAGCGCACCUUGCUAGCACUCCCAUGGUUG